AGGAAGAAGAUGUGUAGAUCAAUGGAAAAUGUAAAUCGGUUCCAUGUGGGAGGCUAAAAGCUUCAAUCAUCACAAAACUAAAACAGAGGGAGCGAAAAAAGAAAAGUAAAUUAACAAAAUUGAGAACACCAAAAUUUUUUUUUCAAUUACGUCACAGUCUCAUGGGCCAAUGACCAGACAGCAUCCAGAAUCAAAACCAGAAGUUCAAGGACGUUCUUACUUCUCCUCGCGCUAGUGACCGAAUUUAGUCAAAAAAACAGAAGAUCCGCUAUUCCAACCUAACAGGUGAUUCAGUUAACUUCGACGGAUCAUUCGAAAUCGAAUUCGUCUAGUUUUUUUUCUUCUUCACAAGCAUGCUGAAUUGGAUAAUUGGAAAUUCUAUACCGAAUAAUGAUUGCGUCGAAGUUGACACAAUGGCAGUUUUUAAUCAGGCUGUUGGAGGAGGAACACAGUUAGAUGAAACAUGUGAUAAUUCUGCAUUAACACAAGAAUUGCAGGAAAAAGCCGAACAUGAGCUAAUGGAAAAACAAUCUUGGAGAGAUCGAGAUAUUCAAGCUCUUAGAGAUAUGAUAAGUGAUGACCCUGACCUAGUCUCAAGAACAGACGAUGCAUUUUUGCUAAGAUUUUUAAGAGCCAGGAAGUUUGAUUACAGUAGAUCCUUCAGUUUGUUACAAAACUAUUACAUGAUGCGAGCAAAAAAUCCCAAAAUCUUUAGAGAUUUCACCCCUUCUGCACUUAAACAUGUUCACCAGUUAAAUCUCCAAGGAUUUCUUCCCUACAGAGAUCCAGAGGGGCGUGCCAUAUUUGUCUUCAGAGGAGGGUUGUGGGAUCCUUCACUUUGUACAGCUGAUGAUUUAUUCAGAGCCAAUGUUAUAUGCCUAGAAAAGCAAAUUGAUGAUCCUCUGACUCAAAUAAAUGGAGUUAUUGCUAUUUUGGAUAUGAAAAACUUAGGAUUUCAUCAUAUACGACACUUCUCUCCUAGUCAUGCUCUGAAAAUUGUUUCACUAGUUCAAGACUCUUUCCCUGCAAGGUUUAAAGCUGUGCAUGUUGUGAAUGAACCUGCUCUGUUUGAUCUUGUUUUAACUAUUGUGAAACCUCUCAUAAGUGAGAAAAUAAAGAAAAGAAUUCAUACACAUGGUGGCAACAUGAAGAGUUUGCAUGAACUCAUACCUCCAGAGGUACUACCAUCUGAAUAUGGUGGCCAUCUUGGAACUUUUGACAACAAAGAAUUCAUGUCUAAAUUGUCUGAGGCAGAAGAGACAUUUAUACAAAGCCAAAUGUAUGGAUACAUAUCACAAAUCACAGAAAAAAAUGUGAAAAAGUCUGUAAGUCUGGAUACCUUCUCUCCGUACAGAAGAGUGUGUAUAAGAUGAAUUUUCCUGUACAACCCACCUAGCUGUUAAAAAGUUUCUUUUGUAUAUACUGCUUUUAAUUUUUCAUUCCAAAGCAACUCCAUGCUAACUAUUAUUUGGAUAAGACUGUCAUUUUUUUUAAAAGUUUGGAGUCAAGCUAUCAUACCUGCCAAGUCUCCUGUUUUUUAACAAACCCCUAUAUAUUAUGACUAUCUCCUGUUUACCCGUAUAUUCUCAAAUUUCUCCGUAUUUGUUAAAGAAAUUUUUAAGAAAAAAAAUUUUGGUGAUCAAUUAUCUACUGAUGGCAAAAAUACUUCUCUUAUUCUUCAACAGAUGGUGCCAUUGCCAGUACAGCAGCAUGUUGAAUCUUAAUAGUUUAAGUCGAGAUGUGAUGGCUCAGAUGAUACAGCGUUCACCUUCCAAUGA